GUGUACCUUUAUUGGUAUCAGUGGGAGAAAUCGUGUCCCUUUGUUGGUGUCAUUGGGAGAAAUAGUGUGACAUCAUUGGUGUCAUUGAGAGAAUUGUGUCCCUUCAUUGGUGUCAGUGGGAGGAAUUAUGUCCCUUUGUUGGUGUCAUUGGGUGGAAUAGUGUCCCAGCGUUGGUGUCAGUGGAAGAAAUUGUGCCCCUCCAUUGUGCCAGUGGGAGGAAUAGUGCCCCAUUAUUGGUGUCAGUGGGAGGAAUAGUGCCCCAUCAUUGGUGUCAGUGGGAGGAAUAGUGCCCCAUCAUUGGUAUCAGUGGGAGGAACAGUGCCCCAUCGUUGGUGUCAGUGGGAGGGGAAAUAGUGCCCCAUCAUUGGUAUCAGUGGGAGGAAUAGUGCCCCAUCAUUGGUGUCAGUGGGAGGAAUAGUGCCCCAUCAUUGGUAUCAGUGGGAGGAAUAGUGCCCCAUCAUUGGUAUCAGUGGGAGGAAUAGUGCCCCAUCGUUGGUAUCAGUGGGAGGAAUAG